GGCCUUUAUUGCUAGAAUGCUGGUCGUUUUCUAUUACGCGCUCGUCGCCUUCUCACUUCUUGGUAGAGGUGCACCCAGCCCACAAAGUUUGAAUGACCUGGGUCAGUAUAGUUACAACCCCGCUGGAGUUGAGGGCUCUGCGAGAACAACUUUACAGGGAUCUCAAGCAAGAUAUGUGCUUAUUGAUCGUCAACCGUUACUCGCAGAGCCAAACAUUGUAGUUGUCUCCCAGCCACUCCAUGGAGGACAGGCCACCUCCUUGGGAUCCCAGCCCAGAUACGUGCUCAUUGAUCGUCAAUCAACACAAACUCUUAACUGUGGCAUUGGGUCUCUACCAAACAUGCUUGUAGAAACCCUUUCCACCGCUCAAAUACAACAGUUGAUACAGUCGCAGUCUCAGUCACAGUCACAGUCGAAGUCACAGUCACAGUUGCAAGUUCAAGCGCAAUUAGAGGCAUUGGCACAAGCACAAGCACAAGCGCAAUCACAAGCGCAAGCGCAAGCACAAGAGCAAGCGCUAGCACAAGCACUGUUACAGUUACAGACGCAAGGUCAAGCGCAAAUACAGGCAUUGGCACAAUCAGAAGCGCUAGAACAAGCACAAGUACAAGCACAAGCACAAGCGCAAGCACAAGCUCAAGCGCAAGCAGAAGCGUUAGCACAAGCUCAAGCUCAUGGGCAAUCACAAGCACAAAUACAAGAGCUAUUACUAGCUCAAACGCUUGCGCAAGCGCAAGGUCAAUCGAAUAUGUACAUCCUAAACAAAGUAAAUCACGGAAAUAUAAACAUAGAUAAUAUCGCUGUUGAUAUUGCGCAACAUGAUCGUUGGCAAUACAAUUCGCAAGUGGAAAUCGAGGCAGACGCCAAGCUUCAGACGAUGAGCUUGAUCCAGAAAUAUGGUUACCCAUCAGAGACCCAGUUCGCUUACACAGCGGAUGGCUUCAAGCUCAGUAUGCAUCGUAUUCCUCGUCAUGGAGCUCAACCAGUCCUUCUGGUCCACGGCCUGAUGUCCACUUCGGCCUCUUGGGUGCAGUUCGGUCCGUCCAGUGGCCUGGCCUACAUCCUCUACCGAAAGGGCUACGACGUCUGGAUGCUCAAUACCAGGGGAAACGUGUACUCGAAUGAGCGCGUACGAGGUGACCCGACCUACAGGGACUACUGGGACUUUACGUUCCACGAGAUCGGCCAGUUCGAUUUACCUGCCGCCAUCGAUGUGAUACUACAGCAGACCAGCAUGCCGAGCAUCCAGUACAUUGGCCAUUCCCAAGGCUCCACCGUAUUCUUUGUGAUGUGCAGUGAGAGACCCGAGUAUGCCGCCAAGGUGAAACUCAUGCAGUCCCUGUCCCCAACGGUCUUUCUGCAAGGAACGCGCAGUCCAGUGCUCAAAUUUAUGGGCCUGUUCAAAGGUGGCUUCUCGAUGCUGAUGAAUCUACUGGGUGGCUACAAGGUGUCCCUCAACACCAGGCUCAUCGCACAGUUCCGCAACCACAUCUGCUCCGCCUCCCAACUCACCAGUCGCAUCUGCUCCCUCUUUGAGUUUGUGAUCUGCGGCUUCAACUGGCGGGGCUUCAACGAGACCCUUACCCCCAUUCUGCAGGGUCACGCCUCGCAAGGCACCUCCGCCAAGCUGCUCUACCACUUCGCCCAGAUGCAGGGCCAAGCUUCCUUCCACAAGUACAACUUCGGCCGCAUCCUCAAUCGCCUGCGCUACAAGACCUGGUUCCCGCCCCACUACAACCUCUCGGCGGCCAUCAGCAAGGUGGCACUCCACCACGGCGCAGGCGACUGGCUGGGAUCGGAGUCCGACGUGAGCCGGCUGGAGGCGCAGCUGCCCAACUGCAUCGAUAAUAGGAGAGUGGCAGCCCAGGACUUCGCCCACUUCGACUUCACCAUCUCUUCGAACGUGCGACCCCUCCUCUACGAUCGUGUCCUUGAGCUUUGCUCGUCAAACCGCUAAAUUUCAAACAAGUUAAUACAGCUUAUAAGCCAUAUUUUACGCAGAUAGAGUUUUCUUUCUUCAUUGGCUCUGUAUCGGUUUAAAUUUAUUUUACAAUAAUAUGAUAAUAUAAUAAAGUAUGAACUCCAUGAAAA